AUCAUGCACUACAUGGCUACACUGAGUCUGCGCAUUGAACCCACGUGUAGACAUUUCCUGAAAGGGGUUGUCCUGAUCAACACACUAAACUACUUGUUUUGAAGUGGUUUUAAGCUAUGGAUGAAUUACCUGAGGAUCUCAGAGCUUUUCUUCUUAACCACCCAUUCCUCCAGCUGACAGAUGGCAAAAAGAUCAGAUGCACCCUGAAUGGCCACGAGUUUCCAUGCAACCUGUCAGAGCUACACAAGUUCACUGAAGGGAAGAAAUAUGAGAAACUGAGUGCUGCAGCAGACUUCAACUACAACCAGUAUGAACCACAUAUUGUGCCCAGUUCAAAGCAACCCAACCAGCUCUUCUGCAAGCUGACUCUCAGACACCUCAACAAGCAACCACAUCACGUCUUAAGACAUGUCAAUGGGAAACGCUUCAAAAAAGCACUCUCAAAAUAUGAAGAGUGUGUCAAGCAGGGGAUUGAAUUCAAGCCAGCCAGACUCAGACAGAAAAAGCCCAGAGACAUCGGAGAGGACAGCGGCCGGGGGAGGGCUCCAAAACAAGGGAACAGCCAGUGGGAACCUGCAUCAAGUGACGAGGAGCACAGUGACUCAGAAGACAGCAUGAGUGACCUCUACCCUCCCACUGUGUUCACUCUAAAAAACACAGAAGGAGAGAGUAUGGAGGGAGACGGGGCAGAGGGGGAAGAGGAGGAAGAUGACUUCCAAACAGAUGAAGAUGAGGAAAUGGAGACGGACAAGCAGGUGCAGCAGAAACGGAAGAAGGUCCAGGGUGGCGGGUUUCAGAAGAAGUUCAGAAAUAACCAUUGGAAAAAGGGGCGUAACAAAAACGGGAAAGCACAAGCAACAGCGAAAAAUAAAACGUGAAACCAUCAAAGUAUAGACUUGGUGAUUUUGCCAGGGAGCAACUCUGCUCUUCCAGUCAGUUCUAGCCAGCCUACCUUUUGUACAGGUAGCAUCUCUCAGAUUUCUCAUACCGUCUGCAUAUGAAUGGUGAUUUCCUUUCAUAUGCAGGUGAUCUAGAGGUUGUAAAGUUUCCAAAAAGGCUAGUUUUCAUAAAAUAUGAAAUGUGUUUGUGACAGUAAACACAUCAUUUUGACCAGAAAUGUGUAUAUCUGGUGUGCUGUUAUGAACUACUAAACUACUUUUGUUUUGCAACCUUUGUCUGUGUUGUCUCUUACCAAUCAGUGUCUACAAAAUUUAGCAAAUCAUAUGUUAAAUAAAGGGCAUGUCAUUUUGA